GGGGCGAGGUGACGUCUCCAGUGUUCCUUCCUCCGUGAACUCCAGGCCCGGGACCGGUGGAGGUUCUUGGGCCUGGGAGCAGGGACGAUUGCUAGGCGGAGAGGGCUCGAUGAAGAAAGAUCUAAGAAAGGACCAGGACUGGCUGGAGAUAGAUAACUGAAAGGAACCUGUCCCACUACUGCAACCAAACCAGAUGCCUUCUUUCACUUCACCAGACCAAGGAGAUGACCUGGAGGCCUGUGUUUUAAGAUUUUCAGACCUAGAUUUAAAAGACACAAGGCUUAUCAAUCCCAGUAGCGGACUCAAAGCAGAGUUAGAUGUCAGUACAAAGAAGAAAUACUCGUUUGCCAAGAAGAAGGCAUUUGCCCUUUUCGUCAAAACCAAAGAAGUUCCAGCACGUCCUUUUGAAUGUAAAGAAAAAUGGUGGAAAUGCUGUCAACAGCUCUUCAGAGACCGGAUCAGCAUCCACAGACAUGUGGCAACACAACAUGCUGAUGAGAUUUGCCACCAGACUGCUUCUGUGUUAAAGCAGCUGGCUGUGACACCGAACACCUUAAAGAGCCUUAAGUCUGAAGACAGUAGGAACCCUCUAAAAGAGUACUUUACCUAUAAUCGUGAAGUGUCUGCUUGGCUCCCUGAUAUAAGCUGCUUUAGCCCUGAUGAGCUGAUAAGCAGCCAGGGCAGUGAUGGAGGAGAGGUGCUACUUUAUUACUGCUACCGUGACCUGGAGGACCCCCACUGGGUGUGUGCCUGGCAGACAGCUCUGUGUCAACACCUGUCCCUCACGGGCAAGGUUCGAAUUGCUACAGAAGGAAUCAAUGGGACAGUUGGUGGAAGCAAACUGGCCACCAGACUCUAUGUGGAAGUCAUGCUUUCCUGCCCAUUGUUUAAGGAUUAUAUGUGUAAGGAUGAUUUUAAGACCAGCAAAGGAGGGGCUUGCUGUUUUCCAGAAUUGCGUGUUGGUGUAUUUGAAGAAAUUGUGCCCAUGGGGAUCAGCCCCAAUAAGAUCUCCUACAAGAAGCCUGGGAUCCAUUUAUCCCCAGGUGAAUUUCAUAAAGAAGUAGAAGAAUUUUUGUCUCAGGCAAAUGAAGAACAAAAUGAUACUAUCCUACUGGAUUGCAGAAACUUCUAUGAAAGCAAAAUAGGACGAUUCCAGGGCUGCUUAGCCCCAGACAUCAGGAAAUUCAGUUACUUCCCUAGCUACAUUGACAAAAAUCUAGAACUUUUCAGAGAGAAGAAGGUACUGAUGUACUGCACUGGGGGCAUCCGUUGUGAGCGGGGUUCAGCCUACCUCAAAGCCAAGGGAGUGUGCAAGGAAGUGUUCCAGCUCAAGGGUGGCAUCCACAAGUACCUGGAGGAGUUUCCCAAUGGUUUCUACAAAGGGAAGUUGUUUGUUUUUGAUGAGCGUUAUGCCUUAUCCUACAACAGUGAUAUAGUGUCAGAAUGUUCAUACUGUGGAGCCCCAUGGGACCAGUACAAACUCUGCUCCACUCCCCAGUGCCGCCAGCUCAUCUUGGCCUGCCCUGCUUGCCAACGACAAGGAUUCACAGCCUGUUGUGUCACAUGUCAAGACAAAGGGAGGAGGCUGGCUUUGAGUCCCACCCAGAGCAGCUUUAAAGAGGAAUGUGAGUGUACAGCCCGACGGCCACGCAUACCCAGCGAACUGCCGCAGCAGGUGCGGCUCCCUGUGAGCCCCAGGCCAAGGCCGGGUGUUGGUGAGGACAGACCAUGCUCACGUGAGCGGCAGCAGCAGGAUUUCCCUAGGCCUUCACAAAGCUAG